AUGAAUGCAUUCUUUGAUGGAUAUAUUAACUCACGCACUACUCUUCAAGAAUUUGUUAAACAAUAUGACAAUGCACUACAACACAAGACAGAGAAAGAGACCCAAGCUGACUUCACGUUAUUAAACACAACUCUUCCAUGCGGUUCACAAUCACUCAUAGAGCGGCAAUUCCAAAAGCAUUACACACAUGCUAAGUUUACAGAAAUACAGUCAGAAUUUAGAGGUAAAAUUAAUUGUUUCGUUGAUGGCGUUGUGGUACAAGAUAAUUCGUCACUGUACAAGGUCAUGGAGGACUCCAUUUAUAAUGAAAUAAGGGAAGAGAGGGCAUUCAUGGUUACAUUUCAGCGAGACACAAUGGAUGUUAAUUGUAGUUGUUUGCUUUUUGAGUUUAGGGGCAUUAUAUGUAGACACUGUGUUUGUGUUUUGGCCCAAGAGCGAGUAACAGAGGUUCCUGCUAAGUACAUACUCCCAAGAUGGUGUAAAAGUGUCCGCAGAAAGCACACGUAUAUUAGAGCAACAUACAACAACAACGAAAAGGACCCACAUAUUGAACGGUAUGAUAACUUAACGAAGACUUUUGGAAAUAUUGCUGAGAUUGCCUGUAUCAGGUGUGCAAUCCACUGGGUUCAUGUCACUGCUGACAUCAUUACACAAUGA